AUGGAGAAACUCAGUGUCGAGAUAAUAAGGCUCGUCAUUGACGAGCUGCAACUCAGUCUCCUCGACGGCGAGUGCCCAACGCCAAUUUCAAGAUCAAAGCCGCAUCUUGCACCAUAUGCAGUAAUAUCAAAAACAUGGCAGGCGUUGGUUGAAGACCGAAACUUUGCAUUCCUCCAACUUGAGAGGAGCGAGCUAGAGACGUUUGCUGAAAUCAUCGCUGCGCAGCCUCACCGGCGGACAUGUCUUCGUCGAAUUCACCUGAUUCUCUCAGAGCCCAAUGGCGAAUCUUUCCAAUCUGGGAUCCGGUUUCUAGCCCAACUGCUAGACGAAUGGGAUCAAGAUGUCGUCGAUGAUCUCCUUCCGCAGCUCAAGGUUUCAAUGACUGGCUGGGGCGAGACGCGAUUCGACGAGGCCAGUCUAUCGCAGAUACCUCUUAUGCGGCGGGUUACCUCUUUCUUUAGCCACUCAGGGAUGCGCCAUGGGACGAUUUACCCCGAUCUAGCACUCCAAAUUGCGAGUCGCAUGCCUCGUCUUGAGACGUUGGCCGUGCAAUUCCAAGAACCGAGUCGGCCGCUUGAGCAUCGGCGCCUUGCUCGAUUUCAAUAUCGGCGUCAGUUGGGCGAAGCCCUGCUUCAGCUACAGCAAAAGGGCUGCCUCUCGAGACUGAAGCAUUUCGGGCUCAACCGAUUCGGCUACGGUCCUCUAAAUCAUAGCUUUGAGCUCGAAAAUGUCUUGGACGAGGAGGGCGUUGAUCGGCUGUGUGAGGCAGUCCGCAUAUUCGCACAGAGGUCAACGUCUCUGGAGAAGCUAGUCCUAAUCAAUAUCUUAAUAUCGCCCGACCUGUUUCGAAAUACCCGAACAUUUGGUUUCGCCGAAGAGCCUGUGUGGCCAACGAUCCAACACCUCUUUAUCAAGAGCAACAUUCUGACACCCAGCGGCGAAUGGCUGUACACAGGAUUGCCCGAUUCCAUUCAGCCAAGGUGGGUUCGCUAUCGCCAAAACAGCGUUGUUGAUUUCGAUGAGUACAGUGAGGUGGAUGAUUCGGAUGAUGGCAUGGAGGACCUUCUCGUGGCUACUGAUAUGAACCCCCAUCAUCUUUGGCGAACACAGCCAGAUCCGCAAGUUCUCCAACCACUCUUGCUUGAUCUGAUUGGGGCGAUGGAUCGGAUGCCAAAAUUACGAGCUGGCCUCUUCCAUCUCGCCCCAAAUCGCAAUGCCUUCCAAGGACUAAUGUUCCAAUGGGCUCAGCCAGGGGUGAGGUAUAUGGCAGAGAAGGAUGGAAAGGUCAAUGAUACCCCUAAGAAUUGUCGUAGAUGCAAAUUCACAAUCGGAAAUUUCACAGACUGGGAACCGUCAAAGAAGAUCAUGACCAAUCUUCAGCGAUGGGUUGGAGAUGGCAGUGUGGAUUUUGAUCCAUCCACAACAGUAAUGACUUCCUAUCGCAGUAUAAUAUAG